UGAUGAAGGUGGGAGGUUUUUGGGGAGUGUAUAAAACUCUGUACAAUCGUUGUCUCAUUGCCCUUGUGCCUCUACCCAGAAGAGGACAAGGUGCCGGCUUUUGCAAAAGUCAAUUAAGCUCUGGAAAUUGUUCAAGAUGUCUCCUAUUGAUUCAAAACUGAGAAUUUGUAAUCUCACAAUUGGCGCCCAAACAGGAAUUUGAAGACUCUGCCCUCUGGAGGAGAGGGAGCUGCCUUUAACCUGGAGGCAUGCCACACUGAGUUUAGUGUCUGGGACAGGAGGCUCCUUCUUCUCCAGCAGUGGAUUACUCUUCACGAAAAUGAACCGACGGGGAGAUCUGAACAACCAGGGAGGUGUCACCCGAACAGGAUAGUCCAGCACUGGCACAGCUCAAGUUGUGAUCCAGAUACUGACAUCAGAUUGCUGCAUUUUUGCAAUACAGUACUCAAGAAGUUCACAAAAGAAUAUCUUCUUGGAAACAAAGGGAAUGAUCAUGUCAAAUGGAUGCAUUCUACUGGUGAUUAUGAAAACAAAUGGUUAUACCCAUGUGCCAUUGUUUCUUAUGCAGGCUCCUAGUAGUUAUUGCCUUUCACCCCCAUAAAUGACAACAGAUUCAAGAUAAGAGGCUACAAUGGGACCAAUGAAGAAUUUUGAAAAUACUUGACUCAGAUGUGUUCCAGUUAUGAGUUAAUUCUGUAAAAGGUCUUAUCUUGCCUUAAAAUCUGGGUGUGCUUUCUUAAAGUGUGGCAUAGUGGCAAGAUGUUAGAUUAGAAUUGGGUGCCUAAAAGAUGACUUGGAACCUCUUCAAAAAACAUCCCAAACCUGAACCCAUAAUAGCUGUUACCACAGGUGCUCCAGUACCUCCUACCACUACAGUAGCACCAGCAGUCUCCCAGGAAAAUGGAACGCAAUCAGGCCCAGUGGAGAAUACGGAGGACACUUUUGAAAAGUUUAAAGAAAAGCUUAUGAAUGAAAUAAAUAGUAUACCUUUGCCACCAUGGGCCUUGAUUGCCAUUGCUGUCGUUGCUGGAUUGUUACUGCUGACCUGUUGCUUUUGCAUCUGCAAGAAAUGCUGUUGCAAGAAGAAGAAGAACAAGAAGGACAAAAAGGGAAUGAAAAAUGCUAUGAACAUGAAAGAUAUGAAAGGCCAGAACAAACAGGAUGAUGAUGAUGAUGGAGAUGAGGAAGGAGAAGGAGAAGAGGAAGAGGAAAAAGAACCAGAGAAUCUGGGCAAACUGCAGUUCUCCCUAGAUUAUGAUUUCCAGGCUAACCAGCUCACUGUUGGAAUCCUCCAAGCAGCUGAACUGCCAGCAUUGGACAUGGGAGGUACAUCUGAUCCUUAUGUCAAAGUCUUCCUACUUCCAGACAAAAAGAAGAAGUAUGAGACCAAAGUACAAAAGAAGACCCUCAAUCCAACCUAUAAUGAGACUUUUGUCUUUAAGAUUCCAUACCAAGAGCUUGGUGGGAAGACUUUGGUGAUGGCCAUCUAUGACUUUGACCGAUUUUCUAAGCAUGAUAUCAUUGGGGAAGUCAAGGUACCCAUGAAUACUGUGGACUUAGGACAACCCAUUGAAGAAUGGAGGGAUCUAGAGAGUGCAGAAAAAGAGGAGCCAGAGAAACUGGGAGACAUCUGUAUCUCAUUACGAUAUGUACCCACUGCUGGGAAAUUGACUGUCUGCAUACUGGAGGCCAAGAAUUUGAAAAAGAUGGAUGUUGGAGGACUUUCUGAUCCUUAUGUGAAAAUUCAUCUGCUGCAGAAUGGCAAAAGGCUUAAGAAGAAGAAGACUACAGUCAAGAAGAAGACCCUGAAUCCCUAUUUCAAUGAAUCUUUCAGCUUUGAGAUUCCCUUUGAACAGAUACAGAAAGUGCAAGUUGUAAUUACUGUCCUGGAUUAUGACAAGUUGGGAAAGAACGAAGCCAUUGGAAAAGUCUUUGUUGGCAACAAUGCCACAGGCACCGAGCUCAGGCACUGGUCUGACAUGCUUGCCAACCCUCGCCGCCCCAUUGCCCAGUGGCACUCCUUGAAACCUGAAGAAGAGGUGGAUGCAGCUCUUGGGAAAAACAAAUAGGCAGCUCCAUUUUCCAACAUCACCUAAUGAACAUUCAAAGUGAUCCAGAGCUAUCAAUACCUCAGUUAGGCAACAUUUAGUUUUUGUUCUCUUUUCUAAGCUGCAACACUCUUUCUUUGAUGGCUACAAAGGAAUCCGGGUGAACUCAAGAGUAUCCAGGAAGAAGUGGUUUAAAAGCUUGGUGGUUCCUUCUUUUCAUAUUCUUCCAAGUAGUUGGUUUGCUGCAUGUCCCACCAUCUUUCUGUGUUAUUCUCAAGUGUACAGCAAGCUUUUUAUUUGGGUUUUCCUGAGACCAUCACAAAUAACAGCACAAAACAGCUUUGCUUUUGCUUGUUUUGAGAGUUUCCUCCUUAAAUGAGACCUUGUGCUACAGGAUGAUACCAGAGCCUGAAAAUGUGAGAUGGCCAGAUACUCUGUGCUUGGUUUUUUGGGGGUGGGAGGGGAGAAGCAAGUUGUAUGAAAAGGCGCUGCUGCAAAACUGUGUUCAGUAAGGUUUGGCCAUUAGCCAUCUAUCAGGAAUAUUCAGGAAAAGCAAUACUGGCACUGGGACAUCUCUGAAGACGUGGAUGGCUGGUGGAUUAAUUGUCUGUAAUGAGAGGACUAUGGUUUGGGGCAUACAAGUUGCCAAAUGAUAAUUGCCCUGUAAUAACUAAUAUAGUGGGUCUUCUGUUAACCUUUGAAUGUUCUGUUCUUAAUUAAAACAAUGGAGUGGUACCAGAAGAUCAUUGGAGCAUGAAAUCUACAAAUGCAUGCUUCUGUGGAAGGCAGAAUGUAAAAACGUUCGUUUUCUUGGGGAAAAAAAAAGCCAAACACCAUGUGAUAUUUAUUCUAGGCUUCACGAGCUAUCGAUUUAUAUGAAAAUGUCACUCUUUCUAAGAUAGUUAGCUUAUUGGUAGCAGUGCCAAGCUUAGAUGCAUCAGAAAAAAGCUAUGUCAAGCAUCUUAGGCAGCUUUGCAAAUUGGAUAAAAAUGAUAGGCCUGGGUUGAUUUGCAAACAUUUGCUAUCAUGCCAUUUUACUGCCAUUCUUCUUUUAAAACCACAAUAGUCUAUAACUCUGUUGAGUGCUGCAGAUUGAUUGGUGAAAAAUGUUUAUUUUUAUGAAUUUGGAACUUAAAGGAUGUGAAGAAAAUGCUUGAGACUGAGGUCUAUGUGUUUUUCUAAUGCUGAAUAGCAGGAACUUGUAGAUAAGUGAUGGGUUAGAAACAGCAGGAAGGUCCAUCUAGUGGCCAGCACAGUGCAAUAAGUAUCUUAAGGAAGUUUAAUUUAGAAAAAAAAUAAGUACCAUCUGUUAGAAACUCCACGCCCCCACCCCCAGCCACAUUUAAUUAAGGGAGCAAAGCCAGAAAUUAGUGGGAAAGUGAAUUCCUUCCAACCAAAAUACCAAAGAUAUACCAAAAGCAGCAGGGCCUUCUCUUGUCUGGAUGCCAAAACAUUCACGAUUUCUUUUUGCUAAUCCCAGAAAGUCAAGCCAUAUUAUCAUUGUUCCUGGUGCUUGCAUUGAUCUCUGGGGAAAAAAAAACCUGCCCCUGUUUUUUUUAUGUAGUGCCAGAUACAGAUACCUUUUCAGACUGAUGGUAGUGGAAGGAGAUUAAAUGGAGGCGAGGAAAUAAGAUUUUUGAAAUAAAAACUUCUUUUUGGUGUUCAAUAUUGUAUUAGAAUUAAUGAAAAGAGGGUGAAAUAUCAAAACCAUGAGCCUAGGAAAAUUUGAGAGAGUAGUUUUUAUUAUUGGUGACCACUGAAUUGCUUUUGUCUGGAAUAUCUGAUCAGGGUUGAAGGAGUAAAGUAAUGGUUUUCAGUUAUGAGGCUGAGUGAGCAGAGCUCAGACUUGUAUCUGACUUGUAAGUACAGGUACAAUAGGAACAGAUUUUUAAAUCAGACAGUUUUAAGAGGAGAGAGAAACAGGAAAUCCAGUGUAUUCAGCAGUUUUUCCUGGCUGUACCUAUUCAUCUUGCAUCUGGUUCUAAAUUCUAACUUUAACCAUCUGCCAGCAUUGCCUUCAAGUAUAUUAGUUGCUUUGUCUUUGUGCUCGUUGUGCUCCCUGUAAGGGCCUAACAAAAAGCAGAUUGAUAGUACAAAAAGCAUUCCAUUCUGGUUCCUCACUGAGUAGUGCUAUAUAUUCAAAGAAUAGUUUCUUUCUCAAUCCCUCUUAACUUAGAACAUGAUAUAUAUAUAUAUCCAAUUAAGAGUGAGGUCAUCUUUAUCAUUGUUGCAUCAUUUAGACUGCAAAUAAGGACCAAAGUAAUCAAAGGCCUGCUUGUUCCACUUGUACCUAAAAUGUAAACAAAUCAAACAAAGUACCCAUGACUGAAAGUGAAGCCAGAAUUUUUGAGUUUCCUGUGUGAGAUCUCUUUCUUUCAAAAGAAUCAAUGCAAAGGAUAGAUAGAUCAUACAGAUGAAAAUUGAACAAUUUGAGUUAAGACAGUUGAUUCUAAUUCUUAAAGCAUUUCAUUCAAUAUGUUGUAGGCAUCCUUUAUUCUUUUCUACACAUUUUCACCUGAUUAACUCACUGUACAACUAGUGAGGAGUGAGAAACAUUACCACCUGCUUAAAUGCUUCAAAAUAAGCUGCCUUGGUAUAUCCAAGCAGAGAGACAAAACAGUAGAAAGCUUUCUGUGUGCUCUCUCCAAAUCCCCUUCCUCGUUUAAUUACAUCUAAAUGGCUGUAAUUUUACGUUGGUUCACUGGGUGCAUUGGUGAGCUAUCACACUUGGAGCUUUGGCCCUAACUACACAAAGGGAAUAUUGAAAUUGUUCAACUGGCUCUGAAGAAGCGUAUGUACUUGUUUAUAUGCUUAAUCAGAAAAAUUAGACUUAAUAGAACUUUUAUGUGCAAAUAAGUUUGAUGCAAGCGUGUUCUACAAAGGGGUAUGUGGAACCUGUUCCCAAUUCCUUUAUUGUGCCUCUUUAGCUUUAAAUGCUGUCAGUUGGCAAGGUUAUAAGAUUUCAAGCAUCAUUAAUGCAUCCUAGUGGACUUCUGAAAUCAAACAUGAGUUUUGGUUUUCAAAUUUAGACCUACGUCUUUAGAACAGAACUACUCUAAGGUGAGACUGUUCUAAUGAGAAAAGAAUGAAUCUCUCUCCACUAAAAGCAAAUGUUGACAAGUAAGGUAACUUUCCUGGUGGGAUUAUAAACCAUUGAGGAGAUUGUUGUCAUAUUAUUUCUAAGGUUAGCUGAAAGAAGGGUAAAUUUUGCUGAUCAUAUUAUUGUUCGGGUUUUUUGCUUUUCAGGGUAAACAGAAUUGAAAUUAGCCAUCAUCUCUUUAAAAUUGCUGUGAAUGAGACUGGGGGAAUGGAAGCAGUGCCUCUUAGAGAUGCCUAUAGUUUGAAUAGGGUCUGACAGACAAAUUUUUAUUUUUGCUGUGAUCAAUUAUAGAACAGUGGUUCUCGCACUUGGGAACUUGAAGAUGCAUGGACUUCCACUUAAUUCUGGCAGUGGAAGUCCACACAUCUUCAAGUUAUCAAGUUUAAGAAAUACUGAACUAAAAUAUUGUCUGCAGAGACAAUAGUCCUUUUGUCUUUCCUUUUUAUCACCAGUUGGACUGCAGAAUCCUUUCCACAGCUGCAGAAUGUGGGAUCAGUUCUGGUUUUGCAUCCGCCAUUGUAUGAGUGUAAUGUUUGCUCUGAGCUGCAAAAAUAUCCUCAUCAUUCUGUCAUUUAUUCAUUUCUUAGCUGCUUUUCAAGAGGUCAUUAUUUAAAGGCUUUAUUAUUAAAAGCAUUAUUUAAAUGUUAAUUCCGGUGUUAGCAAACACGUGCCAUUUUAAAUAUGUUGAUAUGUAACUCUAAUCUGACCUGAAAUGACUUUUUAUAGAGCCCUCAAAAUUAAUAUACCUUUCUGGCUUGACAGUUUCUACUUAUAAGCUGUAUCCAUUAUAAAUCAUUCCUUCAUUCACACUACAAAACAGAUGGCUACCUGAGCUGUUUAACUGCAUUGGUGCUUAUACCCCAGGAUAGUGCUUCUACUCACAUUGUUACUUCACAUUUGAUAGAUACUUCUGCAUUGUUACUUUUACACAGAAAUUGUUAGUUUUGCCAGAAGACAAAAAAAGUGCUGAAAGCAAUGGCUCUGUCAGUCUUCGCUAGUUAAUAAUAUAUUAGGUGCACAUAGCAAUUCAUGUUAAAAGGUAUAUCCAGCCAGUUUGAUUGAAUCUAGCUGAACAUUGGAAAGACGAUAUCACUGUGAGGUGUAAGAAGGCUGCUGUGCUCUCACUAGCUUAGAAUAAACAUUUGAGUAUCUUAAUUUUUAAUGGUUCAUAUGACAAAAUGGCAGCUUCAUCAUGCUUUGUUCCUUCUGCUAGCCACCCAGGUUGCCCUAUCUGAAAGCAGGGUACUGGAAAUAUUAAUACUAAUAAAUCAAAAGAUACCCUUUUAUUGAACUAAAACUUCUAUUUCUAUGGUUUAAAAUGGUUUAAUAGUCAGUAUAUUUUGUUGAGUUUCUUUUCUGUAUAAAAGGGUUUAGAAAAUGAAUCAAUUUAGCCAUCUAAGCCUCAUUCAAAUUCCAUCAUGUGUGUGUACUUAUGUAUAAAAUGAUUAUAGAGAUCUAAUAUUAACAUAAAUACAACCUUCUUAUAAAUGAUGCAUGACAACUAGCACAGUAUUUACGUAAAAGCAUGCAAGAGCAGAACUCAUACAAUAUGUGGAUUAUCACUCAUUUUCUAGAAAUACAGCCAGGCUACAGAAUUAUUUUUAAAAUGUGGUAUGAAUGAAUUUAUUUUACCUAACGCAAUAGAGGGGGAUUGUAAAAAAAAAAAAAAUCAGAGAGAAUGGUUGUAACAACAUACAUUUAUUUUCAAUAAAAAGUAAUAAUUUUUUAAAACAAACAAAAAAAAAGCAACAAAGCAUGCUUGAUCCAUUAAAAUAUAUACUCGGUGAAAGCAGGGAGGGGUGGGAUAAGAUAUAACACCAAGAUGGCAGUAAGUUUCAUCAGUGUCUUGUAUAAUUAAUAUUUGCAAAACUGGUGGCAUUUUUACUAUGUUCAGAUAGCCACAACAUUGCAGCUUCAAUGUUCUGUGUGGUAUUGAAGCCUCUACUUUUGAAGCAAAUUUUAGAAGCCAUAUAAGAUCACAGGCUGCCACGAUCCUGAAAUGGGGAUUGGCUAACAAGUGAUCCUUGCUCCCUCUGCUUCCCUGUCUCUGCUUUCUUUGUCUGUCUUGCUGUCCAACUGUUACAUUAUCCACUUGGGUCACUGAUGAGCGAUAAGGCUGGUUUGAGGCUCUACCUGGGGUCUGGCCUUGUUCGGCUAUGAAUGGCAUUGGUCUGAAGCCUUUUUUUAGCCUGUGUGUAGGGGCCCUGGUGGCAGAUUUGGGAACUGGAACAUCUGGCAGGUCUAUCAGUGCCCAUAAGCUAUUUUGGCUGUUCCCCUUGGCAAGAAUUAUUAGGAUAGAAGUGGCUAUACACUGACCAACAGGGAGGCUGACCAACAUUUGAAUUUCUCAUGGGGUUGCUCUGGCAUGUUGGGGGAAAUUUAAAUGUUCCACAGUUUUCCAGAAUAGAGAAGCAAUAACUGACAUUGGAGCUCUUUCCUUUUAGCUUGAAAAAAUUAGAGCUAUUUGGCAAAUACUAGCAAUUUGUUUGUCACUUUAUGCCUGGCAACAGAAUAUAAAA